GAACAGACAGCGUUUCGCACAAUCGCACUUGAGAAUCUGAGGUAGUUGUAUUAGUCGUAUUUGGUGUUGUAUUGUUUGAAAAGGAUGUCCAUUGUUUGGCAACAUCAGGAAAUAUUGAUCUCUUGGCUCUAUUAAACAUUAAAUAGCAAUUCCACAAUGUGCUAAACUUCAAAUUAGUCAACAUUUAGUGCACAAAUAACCAUUUUCAAGACACUUGCUGACAGACGAAGGAUCAAGACAAUUCAUCAUGAGCUUCUUGUUUGGAAGCCGUUCCUCCAAAACUUUCAAACCAAAGAAAAAUAUUCCAGAAGGAACUCAUCAGUAUGACUUGAUGAAACACGCUGCAGCCACGUUGGGGUCGGGCAAUCUUCGUCUAGCUGUGAUGCUGCCUGAGGGAGAAGAUCUCAACGAAUGGGUUGCAGUCAAUACUGUUGAUUUCUUCAACCAGAUCAACAUGCUGUACGGAACAAUAACAGAAUUCUGCACCGAGGAGAGUUGCCCGAUCAUGUCAGCAGGGCCCAAAUACGAGUACCACUGGGCCGACGGUCACACAGUCAAGAAGCCUAUCAAAUGUUCUGCACCAAAAUAUAUCGACUAUUUAAUGACUUGGGUGCAGGAUCAGCUGGAUGACGAGACAUUGUUUCCCUCCAAAAUUGGUGUUCCUUUCCCCAAAAACUUCCUCUCCAUAGCAAAAACCAUUCUGAAGAGAUUGUUCAGAGUGUAUGCACACAUUUACCACCAACACUUCUCCGAAGUUGUACAGCUGGGGGAAGAAGCACAUCUCAACACAUCUUUCAAACAUUUUAUUUUCUUUGUGCAGGAGUUCAGUUUAAUCGACAGGAGAGAGCUGGCUCCGUUACAAGAACUCAUCGAGAAGCUCACUGCCAAGGACACUCGAUGAAACUUAGCAGCAAACUCAGUGAUCCUAGUCUUUCUCUCUGUGCGAGGGCAUUUUUUCGGUGCAACACUAUGUAGCUCGUACACCUUCUGCACGAUGACACACUUCAUUUUAAGUGACUACAAGAACAUAUUUUUAUUUAUUUUUACUAUUGUAUUACUGUAAAACUGACUGUAGUGUUUGUAUUUUAGCAAUACUUUCGCAGUUCAACGUUUAUGUUACUGAAGAUAGGGAUAGUGCAAGAUUUCGUAAUUAUUUGAAGGUCAGAUUAGUUUUUUUUUAAUUUUCAGUUUUUAACACAAAUUAAAAAACUUUUACUGCAGUAUACUCUUAAGAGUAUAAAAUUGGCAUUUCAUGAUUCACUUUAUUUGUGCUAUUUUAUGGCAUCCGUGUUUUAAUAAAUGUAAAUGAAAUACUUUCUCGAUUGCUUCUUUUAAUUAAAAAAAAAAAAAAAUAUUGUAAUAAAUUAAAUUAUUUUUAAAUUUAUAUUAUAUAUGUGAUAUUAAGUUUUUGGUAUGUACAAAAUUGUUUUUAUAAAAAACUGUAUUCUAAUUGAAAUUUAAAAAACGAUAUCUUUUGAAUGAUAUCAAUUGUACAUACAACCGGUCAAACAUGUAGAAAAAUAGUGAGAACAAACUUGUUUGAUUUUGAGGAGUAUUAUAAUAGACCAAAUAUGGUUCCCUUGAAAAAGCAUAAAAUACUCUAGCUGAACUGCACUAAAGCCACUAUACUCCGUAGUUACAACAGAGUUUUUGGUUGUCUUUUAUCAAUGCACUGCCAAGAGCACCAUAUAAUUAAAUCUCAGCUACCAAUCUGUGACAAAUUAGUUUAUUUCAGGCGAAGAUUGUUUUAUUUAACUAAUAUUGUUACCUACUUUGAAAUGUUUAUUUAAUGAGCAACGUUUUUUAUAAACACAUUUUCUGCUUAAAAAUAUAAAAUGUCUUGUUAUAGCAUAAACAAUAAGUUAACAACAUGUGAUGUAUUAACUUUAAUCAAAUAUUUAGUGCAUUAGUUUGAGUUCAAAUUACUAUAAACCACACAUAAGUUAAUACGCUGUUAUAAAUAAAAGCAAGGGGGGAGUUUCCUGAUCUGAAUUUGGAUUUUUUUAAAUGUGUUUAAACAUAUCAGUGCCGUUUUUAUUUCAUACCCACUCCUUAAUGGGUAAAUUGUUGGUUGUGACAUUGUCUUAAAAGGGAAAAUUUGUUGUUAGUUAAGUACUCUGUUGCCACAACUUACUCUUGUAUUAUUUUAAAAUUGUAUUAUACUGAAAGCUUUGUGUUCCUAUAAUAUUAGAAUUGUCUGUAUUCAAAUCAGUACUAUUGCUUGCUUAUUUAUUUUACUUAAUUCUUUACCAGAAUUGCUUCUCUCCACAACAGCACUUUCAGGGAAUUUAGGGAAAAAUUAGGGAAUUUCUUUUAGGUACCACACAGGGUUGUAAUAGUGGUAAUAUAUUGUGAUUAGUCGGACUGCUCCCCAAUAAACUGUUGAAUUAACCUUUUGUCACCAAUGAUUAAACUGUGCUUUUCUUGUGUAACAGAUUUAUUUCAGACUAGCUUACUAGUGUUUCACAGAUAUCAUUAGUUUGCUACUGAUUGUGUCACGGAUAUCGCUAGUUUGCUACAGAUAUUGCUGUGUUGUCACGGAUAUCACUAGUUUGCUACAGAUAUUGCUGUGUGUCACAGAUAUCAUUAGUUAGUGACUGAUUGUGUCACGGAUAUCACUAGUUUGCUACGGAUAUUGCUAGUGUGUCAAAUAUAUACUAGUGUCUGAUUGGAGUGGUGGGUUGCGGUCCGGCAAUCUCAUUUCACAAUUUAUUUUAUUUUAAUUGAGCUAACAGUUUAUUUCCAUGUAUAGUAGUUUUUUUUUUCAUGACCAUAAACAAAAAAAAUAGGCCUUUUGAAUCGUAACUUUCAAUAUCUGUGAAAACUAACUUUGCUAUUUAAAAGGGUUGAAUUUAAUGUUGAUUAUCGGAAUUUAAAUUCUGUCAGUCGUGUUGGGAUUAAACUAAUUUACCUUGUCAUAAUAAAUAUUUAGUACCUUGUAAUUAAAUAUUUCAUUAGUGGUUAAUUUUAAUUUUCCUGUUUCAAACUUAAAUUUAAAUAAUAUUCAAUUCUGUCUCUUAAAUUUUCCCUGUGAAUGUUAAUUAAAUAAUUACAUUUUAGGUAAAAAGCACAAACAUUUUAAAAAUUAUUAAAGGUAUUUUGUAUGGGAAUAAUCAUUCCCAAUAUGAACUUAAAAUAUACUAUUGUAGGCUGUGUGUAUAGUGAAGCAAUGUGUGGCAACUAAAGAAAAGCUUCAAUAAGUUGUAAGAGCUUCUCAAUUACAUAAUGUAUUAUUUUAUUUUCUGUUUCUUUUCUCAUCAUAAUACAUGUUACUAAAUGAUUAAUUUUAAAAAUUAAUUAUUUUUGGUAACAAUAUCAAUGAAGGCAUAUUUUAUACUUAUUAACUUUAAGGAUUGACUAAUACAUAAAAUUAAAAAAACAACAUUUUAUAAGACGUUUAAUUAAACCCUUUGUAAUAAAACUUUGUACGGUAAGGAAACUUUUUAUAACGCAAUAUUUUAUUAUGAACGUAACAAAACUGUUGCCUUAAAAAAAUUGGGAUUAUUUGGUUCUGUUAAGAAAUGCAUAAAGUGUUACUUUUUUUAUGAAGUGCCUGCGAUAAGUUUCUCUUAAUUUUACUUAUAUUAAUGAUCUGUUUUUAAGAAAUCUCUUAACUACAUUUAAUUGUUAUUCUUAUACGUGUUUGUGUACAGUAUUUUUAAAUGUUUUGGAACUUUGAAAUAAUUAUGUCAAUGAUGGCCUGCUUGUAUUUUGCUUGUUUUCUAUUUGUUUGAUAUUUGUAUAGAAACUUAAAAAAAUAAAUAAAAAUCUUAAAAAAAA